AGUUAAUCCGCGCGAGCUUAGCGUCCAAUAAGACACUAGCCAGCAGUUUGCGGCCGCCGCAUUUUAGGCCAUUCGACAAGCGCACGCGACCAAUCCAGCGCACGCGACCAAUCCAGCGGCAGUCCUACGCAGCAGACCGUGCCCGCUUCACGUCUUGCCGCGAUACACAAGUUGGUGCGAGCGGGCAGCCCCUCCACCACCAUCUGUGAAAGCACAGCAGCCCCACAACACCAUCCACCGGCCACAAGCAGCCUCUCCACCCAUUUACGCCGCCGCGAUAAAUAGAACAAAUGGGCGCCGGCGCCUCGGCCUUGCAAAGCCUCCCCGACCAGGUCCCGAAAAAACAAGCGCAAGCGCUGGCCGCGGCAACGCCCGGCCUCCAUUGGGACGACCACAUCUGGGCCGAGAUCGAGCAAUCUGAUGGCACGGCGGACAAGGUCGACAUCAUUGGGUUAUUGGAUCAGUUGAACCUGCGAGUAAGGAUGGCCGAAGAACACGGGGAAGAGCUGUUGGCGGUCGACGGCUGCGCGGUGUCUGAUAGUUGCCCGGGGGCCUUCUCGGACCGUAGUGAUGAUGAUGAUGAUUUGCCGGCGAUGGUCUUCGCGGACGGCACGGGGGGCCUGGUCGUGGGCGCUUCCAGGAAGACGUCACCAGCUAGACGGAAGCGCGCAGCCAAACCCAGGGCAGACGUCGAGGAGACCUUCGCGAGCGACGGCACUGCGUUUGGAGACAUUGCGGCCGACGCGCCGGGCACGUCGUCGGCUGUGUGGAAAUCAACCAGUGUGUCGGGUGCACCGAACAGGCGUCGCGUCGAUGGCGUGGAGGACGACGCGAUGGUUCAGCACGAACGCGCCGUAAAAUUUUGAUUUCCACACAGGUUCGACGAGGACGCUGAAUUUUUCGGGUGGGCCGCGGAUUCCAAAGGUGGGCCCGACCUGUCCCUCGUCGGGGCGAAGUGCUGCUCGCCCUAAGUUGGUCGUGUGUAGUCUGUUUUGACGGCGCCGGGGCGCGGCUCUAGAAAAAUUUUGGUCGUCGACGGGCGCCGCGGGCAUGGGCUGCGCCGGCGGAAGCCUGUCGGUUCGCGGUCCCGAGGGCUCCCGGGGGGUGCUCGGGGUCGGCACUAGUCGCGGGCAAGCGCCUACGCCGCAUGCGCCCGGGCUCGGGG